AUGUCCUUUAUUUAUCUAGUCACUAAAAUAUCUAUUCCUUCACCUCCCGAAUCAACGACAAGCUCCUCCAAUGAACCACCUCAAAAAUCUCCGAGAAAUGAAGCAAGCUCAACAACAACAGCGAUGAAAUCACCUCGAGGAUCACGAAAAGCCUCUUCUGCAACCUUAAAGGAAGCCAAUCAAACACAAGCACCUCAACCACAAGAGGAAGUACAAAUCUUUAAUUUUGAUAUGGAUAAGACAAUUGUAUUAUUAGAUAAAAUCAAGGAAGUAUGUUGCUAUCAAGAUGUUGAAAUUCUAGAUCUUGUCCAUUUCAAAACAGGAGAGUGUUGCAUGAUUCAUACGAACGCAUUUGAACAUGGAAGUAAAUUUUUGAAAAAGGGAGAGAAAUAUUUUGCAUGUCAAGUCAAGAUCAAUACAAUUCAAAAACCACCAAGUCCAUCGAAUACCAAACGAGGAGGAGUCAACUCUCAACAACAACAACAACCAGAAACAAUCAUUGAAAGAACAUUCACAUCACUAGUGACAGGAAAUGCUGUAACGAAAGAUCCAUCAUUAAUUCCUGCAAUUGUUGAUCCUACCAAAAAAAGUACAACCACCACCAAGAAGAAAUAA